ACUCCCUCAGUCGUCAGUCCUCAGCCGUUAGCUACUUUGUUCUUCCCAGUGUGUCCGUGCUCUGGUGUGUGGCCUCCGUCUCACGCCUGAGCUGCAAGCCCUCUUGGCGCCACACAGCGCAGGAUGAGCCACAGAACAGAAGCGUCUCUUCCUCCUCCUCUUCUUCCUCCUCAUCUGCACCACCACAGAACACAGAUUCGCGAGCCCAAGACCAAGAGCAAGAGAAGAAGAGCUCAGCUGCUGCUGCGGUGCUGCCGGUGCCGGGCGGAGUUUAACAUCGCGCCGCAGCUAACUCAACGCAGUUAAGCUUCUCCUACUCCUAGCUUAGCCAAUAGCCAUGGCGCUGGCUAGCCAGGUCGCCGCUAACCAGCCGCCGCCGCCGACGCUCUCCUCCCCCGCCCGCCGCCUCCCAAGAGCCAGCAGCAACGCUCUGCUGCUGCUCCAGCCGGCGGCCGCGGUCCUCGGCGGCCGGACCCUGAGGCUUCGGCCUCCCGGCGCGCGGAGGAGGGCCCUGGACGCCGUCGUCGUCGCGCGGGCGUCGUCUGAGGCGAAGGCGGAGACCGCCGAGGCGGGCGGCGGCGGCGGGGGAGCGGAGGAGGAGCGGCCGUACGAGGAGUACGAGGUGACGAUCGAGAAGCCGUACGGGCUCAAGUUCACCAAGGGCCGCGACGGCGGCACGUACGUGGAGGCCAUCCAGCCCGGCGCCGCCGCCGACCUGACCGGCCAGUUCGAGGUGGGCGACAAGGUGCUGGCCACCAGCUCCGUCUUCGGGGAGGAGAUCUGGCCGGCGGCGGGGUACGGCCAGACCAUGUACUGCAUCCGCCAGAGGAUCGGCCCUCUGUACAUGAAGAUGGAGAGGAGGUUUGGUAAGUGGGACGGCGCCGGCGACCUCACCGAGAAGGAGAUCAUCAGGUUCGAGAGGAACUCCGGAGUGGUCAGCGGCAGGGUGCGGGAGAUCCAGCUGCAAAACUACCAGAGGAAGAUGGAGCAGAAGAUGCAGAGGGAAGAGGACCUCCGCAUGGGGCUCAAGCUGUACAAGGACGGGAAGUACGAGGAGGCGCUGGAGAAGUUCGAGUCGGUUCUGGGGUCGAAGCCGGAGCCCAGCGAGGCCGCCAUCGCCAGCUACAACGUCGCCUGCAGCUACUCGAAGCUGGGCCGGGUAGAGGCUGCGCUUUCUGCGCUGGAGGAUGCGCUCAAGUCAGGGUAUGAAGACUUCAAGGCAGUUCGCACCGACCCGGAUCUCGCGAACCUGAGGAAGUCGGAGGAGUUCGAGCCCUUGCUGAAGAACUACGACGAGUCGUUCAUCAACGAGAACGCCAUCAACGCCAUCAAGUCCUUGUUCGGACUCGGAAACAAGUGAGGCGAUUGUUAGCUUAGCUUGCCCUCGUACCUGACCAUUUGCCGUGCAGAUACAUUGUGUGUAUGAGUACUGUCCAAAUGUAAAGGAAAAUAUGCAAUUGUGCUUGUCAGCCACAUGCCAAAUAUGUUAAGGAUCAAGAAGGUGAAUAUGUUAGCGGACAAACUCACGAGACAAGUAUUGAGAACUCUGGAUUGGAUUCUUUUUUCAGGUUCAAACAGUUUAAUGACUUGUCAAGAAAAGAAAACGCA